AUGGUAGUCGCCGUCUGGGUGACGGUGAAUCAAGGCUACCAGGAGCCAUAUAUUUGGAUGCUGUUCGCGAUCGAAGAAUUCUGCAAGUCGUUGGUGACGAUGCAGUUCGUGAUUAUGGUGCUGGAGCUGCGACAAAGGUUCUGCAGUCUCAACGCCGAUCUCCGUUUAUCACUGCCGCUGCCGUGCAACUCAGAAAUGCGUGGGCUGCUGUGUGGAACCUCGAGACGAUUGGCGCCAGCAAGAAAACUGCGGCAGCUGCGAGAAGCCCAUGUGGCCCUGGCGCGCGCCGCCGAGUUUCUCCAGAGCCACUUCGGAUGGCCGGUGGCCUUCGACGUCACCUACUGCGUGUGCGGCGCUACGUGCAGCGCUUACGAGGUCCUCAUGAUGACCGUGAAGCCCCGCUCGAUCGUGGAGUUCUCCUACAGCCAGCAGCCGGCCGUCUCAGCACUGUGGUUCGCCUUCCACACGCUGAAACUGCUGUCGGUGGUGCUGAGUUGUGCUGCGACCGCCGACGAGACGGCAGCCACCGGCGCGUUCCUGCUUAGGGCCGUGGUGACGUCAGAUCUCAGAUGUGCCGACGUGGAAGCCUUUCUGCAGCUCACACUCCACAGCCCGCCACUCCGCUUCACCGCCGCUGGAUUUGUCACACUGGACCGCCGACUGCUGGUCUCUGCGUUCGCUGCAAUGGUCACGUAUCUCGUUAUCUUAGGACAACUAUCUUCUCAGUAA